CGCCUUCGCCUCAUCUCAUCGCUGUCGACGCGGCCUUCUUCUACCAUACUUUCACCUUUCUCGGCUGUUCCUAUAGCUUCUUCGCAUCUGUCAAACUCCAAACAGCCGUUUAGACCAUCAAAAUGGCCACCGAACUUUGCCCCGUCUAUGCUCCCUUCUUCGGUGCGCUGGGUUGCACCUCAGCCAUCGUCUUCACCUGCUUCGGAGCUGCCUAUGGAACUGCCAAGGCCGGUGUCGGUGUCUGCGGCAUGGCCGUCCUCAGACCCGAUCUGAUCGUCAAGAACAUCGUCCCCAUUGUCAUGGCGGGUAUUAUCGGUAUCUACGGUCUGGUCGUGUCCGUCCUUAUCGCCAACGAUCUGAACCAGAAGGUGCCGCUGUACACCGGAUUCAUUCAGCUGGGAGCUGGUCUCGCUGUCGGUCUGGCCGGUCUAGCUGCUGGUUUUGCCAUCGGUAUUGUGGGUGACGCUGGUGUCCGUGGAACUGCUCAACAGCCCCGUCUCUACGUUGGAAUGAUUCUGAUUCUCAUUUUCGCUGAAGUUUUGGGUCUGUACGGUCUUAUCGUCGCCCUUCUCAUGAACUCCCGCUCGAGAAUUGAUGCCGUCUGCUAAGCGAACGAUCCUAAUGCUCGCCCGCCGGCACGUUCUCUGUGAGACUCGUGCGCGCACCGGCGAUGGCAACGACGAGAUGUGAACAAGAACCCGCGUGAGCGGUUACCCCGUCGUUGAAGCCUAGUGUUCCCCAUGUUACGAAUCGUUUAUACCGUGAAGCGCGGAUUUGGUCCAGAAAUCCAUUCUCAAGAAAACAUGAUCUUUUUAACGUGAUGCGUGUGUGUGUGUGUGUGUGUGUGUGUGUGUGUGUGUGUGUGU